AUGCCAACCAAGACCGUUGCGACCAUCAACUCCACCGGCCGACAAGCUGCCUCCUUCAUCAGGGCGGCGUCCGCUGUAGGAUGGCACGUCAAGGCGCAGAUUCGGAACGAGGAAGGGCUCGUUGCAGAGGAGCUUGCAAGCUUACCGAACGUGGAGAUUGUCGAAGGUGACCUUAUCGGACCUAGGCGUUCCCAGCUUCUCACUCGGCUUUUCAACAAUGUUAACAUCGCCUUCAUCAACACUACGCACUGGGGAGAUGAAGUAGCCAUCGGUAAAGCUUGCGCAGAUGCCGCGAAGAAGGCAGGUGUCAGUCACUACAUCUAUUCGAGCAUGCCGGAUCAUUCUACCUUCGGCAGGAACUGGAAAGCACUGCCGAUGUGGUCUUCGAAGUUUGCGAUAGAGAACUACGUUCGCCAACUUGGCAUACCCGCGACCUUCGUCUAUACUGGCAUUUACAACAACAACUUCACCUCGCUACCCUAUCCGCUUUUCCAGAUGGAGCUCCAGGACGAUGGCAGUUUCGAGUGGCAAGCUCCCUUCCAUCCGAACGAUCCUCUACCAUGGCUUGACGCCGAACAUGACGUUGGCCCGGCGCUGCUGCAGAUCUUCAAGAUGGGCCCGAAUCACUGGAAAGGUCAAAGAGUAACACUUGCUUUCGAAAAAUUAACACCGCUCGAAUGCUGCGCGCUCUUUGGGCGUGGCUUAGGUCGACCGGUCAACUACGUCCAUGGACCUAUAGAACUAUCGGUCUCCGUACCAUCCGGCUACCGCGAACAACUUGAGAUUCUCCAGGAGACACUGGGCGACAAGCGUGCGCCAUACUUCCCAGAUCUCGAGUAUCCGAGUGAAGGUCGCAGUAUCUGGGAAGGCUACCGCGGCAUCGAAGAGUACGCUCGCGAAGUCUUUCCCAUCGAAGAGUAUGCAAAUGGGCUGAGGUGGAUGGAAGAGCCAAGUGUGGCGGGCACGCCGAGUGAAGCUGGUGCGCCUACUGAUGAUGGCGAGCCGUUCGGCGCGCCGAGGAAUGGAUCGAGACCGAUUACGCCGGCUGGCCCCGCGCAUCCACUGCAUGUGUCUGGUGCAUACACGCCGCGCUCGCAUCCGGAAGGGUUGGAUGACGAUUUUUUUGUUGGAAGCACGUAG